AUGAACAAAUCAUCAUGUUUGACUCGAUAAUGCUCGUGAACAACUCGAAAAAUCUCUACUUUACUAAACUUUGUUAUACUGUAUAUCUUUUAUCUGGGGUCACUUGAUUUGAAGUCAAAACACCCAUAAAAGUAUAAAAAAAUGCCUCAUUUUGAGAGUUUCACACAAAUCGAGGUAAUUUUUAACAUGUAAAACGAGGCGUUUUAGUAAAAAAAAAAAAAAAAAAAAAAAAAAAAAAAAAAAUCAAUUCUAACCUCAAAUUGAUCCCAAAGAACCAAAUUGACCCCUACAACCUUAAAAGACCAAGUUUUGGCAUAAAAAAUCAAUGUUUUUAAAUGAAACUAAAUGUAAAGAGGUGGUGAUUUAUAAUUUUUUUUUCCUAUAAGUGGUAAAUUUUAUUUAUUUUAUUUUUUUUAUUUAAAAAAAGGGUGGUAAAAUCAAUUUUAGGUGCUUGAGAAGUGGUUAUUUGCAUUUUUUCCAAGCAUGUAAGUAUGCAUUAAAACUUGAAAGAAACCAAUUUUUAAUGAUAAAUUAGGGAUUGUAUUAUUUAAUUAUGCUCAAUUUACACUCAUUCAAAGCUCGUUAAUGCUUGAAUAGACUAAAACUCGGCUUGACUCAAAUCGUUUGCAGCCUUACUCGACGAGUCAACGCUAAAUAUUACACUUAAAAGAAGGGUGAGGGUGAAUGAGAUUUGAACCCAUGACAAUCGUGUCACGCUAGAUUGAUAGAGUACUACGUUAAAAAAAAAAUGGUUGGAACCCUAAAUUGGAUUGUGUAUUAAAUUCCGAGCUUGCCCCACUUUCUAAACCUAAGAAACAUUUCUCAAGAUGGCAAAAUCGGUAAAUAAUAGCAAAUUUACCAAUAUUUUAUUAUUUUUUUGUGGCUGACUCAAACUCUUCCUCCUCCUUCUUCAACCUUUCUCAUCUUCUUCAACCUUUUCCAUCAUCAAUGGCUGACAAACUCCAACACCAUGAACGCCACUAACACCGUAACUAACCCCAGCCCCAACACCCAUCUCCCGCGGCAACGAAAACCCCUAAGAAAUGGUUAACCCCAAAUGGUAGGUGUUUGUCGUUUCUGUGAGUUUUCCCUCCCUUGUUGAAGAAUUCCUCGACCUUCAAUCAUCCAUUGCUGAAGAAUUCUCAACUUUCAUGGUUGAGGAGAGAGAGCAGUGAGUAUGUGGGUUAUUAAUUUUUCUGAAAUGACACAACUAACCUUGCUAAUUUACAUAAAAAUACGAAAAUACCCCUUUGAAAAACAUUUCAUUUCUUGAGAAACUUGUAUUUUCUCUCCAACUCCCGCUUUCAGUUUCAAAAGGGAAGGCACACGUUAGUACGUUAGACAAGCAGAAUUUCUCAUCGUUCUUCCCAUUUUCAUGGAAGUUUGGCGCCUUUUCUCCAUUGAUAACCUCUCUAUCAUCAACUCGAAGCCGCAACACUGAAGACUUUAUACUCAUUCUCUUCUUCCGAUCACCGUUGAUAGCAGUUCUUAACUGCAAUUGCAGCUCCAGUAUCUGAUUUCUGUAGUCAUAAAUUGGAAAGAGCUCAUCUGGCUAAGGAGAUUACCGAUUGCACAAAGAGGCAACUGCAGCUGGUUGUAACAGCCAACAUACCCGCAUUGCGUAAGUGUUGUUUUUUGAAAGAAUGGUUUGUUGGUUCAUUGAAGAGACGUCUGUCAUUUGUUCACUAAACCAUUUUACUUCAAUCAAUAAUGUCAAAGAGAUAAAAAAAAUAUCAUGGUCAAUUACUUCGAAGGGGCUUGCUCUUCAGUUCCCUUAACAUUCUUACUAAACUUAUGUAUUCAUGCAUAACUGUGGCAUCCAACAAAGAGACUCACCAAACUCUAACCAACUUUUUCUCUUCUGUAAGCUCUCAAAACCCACUGCCCUUUAACAUAUUACUCGCUGAUUUUAGUCAAAGGGGUUUCUCUUACUUGGCUCUUAGGACAUUCUCUUUGAUGCACAUUCAUGGUGUUCCACUGGACUCUUAUGCCCUAUGUAGUGCUUUAACUGCUGCUUCAAGUGCCAAGACUGUUAAUUUUGGUAAGCAGAUGCAUACCUAUACAGUGAAGGCAGGUUGGUCCGGAAGUGUAUUUGUGGGUAGUGCUGUUGUUGGUCUGUAUUCUAGAUCAUUAUUCAUCGAUGAUGCGGAAAUGGCCUUUUAUGAAAUUCCAAUGAAAAAUUCUGUUUGCGCAAAUGCCCUUUUAGCAGGUUAUAGUGAGGCAAAGUUAUGGAUUAGGGGAAUUGAACUGUUCAGAAAGAUGCCUCUGCUGAAUCUGAAGUAUGAUCACUUCACUUUGACAGCAGCUUUAUGUGCAUGUGCAGGGCUGUCUGCUAUUGGCUUGGGUAAACAAGUCCAUGCCUAUGUGCUCCGUGUAACUUCUGGCAAAGAAACUGACGUGGUCCUCUUAAGUUCGUUAAUUGAAAUGUAUGGGAGAUGUGGGUUAGUGAGCAAGGCUGUACAAGUUUUUAACCUAUCUGGACUUGAAUUAGGUGUGAAGGAAAAGAGAAAUGUUGUUUUAUGGACUUCAAUGUUAGGGUCAUAUGGUAGAAGUGGGCAUUAUAUACAAGUAAUUUCUCUGUAUCAGGACAUGUUGGUUGAAGGAGUGAGGCCAGACGGGGUAGCCUUUGUGGCUGUUUUAUCAGCUUGUGCUAACACUGGCCAAGUUGAUCUUGGUCUCUCUUAUUUUGAGUCCAUGAUCCAUGACUUUGCGCUAGAUCCUGGCCCUGAGCACUUCAGUUGUGUAGUUGACAUGCUUUGCAAGGCUGGUGAUUUGGAAAAGGCUUGGAAGCUAAUGAGUCAGAUGGCCGGAAAAGGGCUUGUCAUUUCUGUCUCAUUAUGGGGAUCCUUGCUUAAUGCUUGUAAGGAACAUGGAAAUGUUAAUUUGGCCAGGAUGGCUGCUAAGAAGGCCCUUGAAUUGGAGCCUAAAAAUGCUGGGGUUCUUGCUUUAUUGUCAAACUUGUAUGCUCAGUUCAACAUGUGGGACGAGAUUGAACAAUUAAGUAAUUUGAUGAAGGAGCAAGGGAUAAAGAAAGAUGCUGGAUGUAGUUGGAUAGAGGUAACAAGUUAAAGCUGGAUUACAAAGUGGAGUAAACUUGUUUGAACAGAUUUUUGGGGAAAUCAGUCAAAGGGCAAUGUGCAGACUGUUGAGGAAAUGUGUCAACACAAGUUUAUGAAUGUAGAAUUAUAUCAAUAAAUAGCGGCUGUUGUCUACCUGAUAAAGGGAAGAACUCCAGGUCAUUGAUGCUCUCAAGACAGAAAAAAGGAAUUGAUGUAAAGUAGUAUCCAUUAAUAGCGAAGUUGUAAUAGGAUAUAUAUUGUUUGAGCUGCUGUAUGUGGAUAAUGAAACACCCUUUUUUGAAACAUAAAUUGUGUUCUUUCUAGAAGGGAAUAUUUAGUGAUUGUAGAUGAGAAAGAACCCUCAAGCAGAGAAAGGUGCGGAAUGUGUUUUAUCGUCCAUGGGUGCUGGAUAAAUUUAAGUGAAGGCUCUAAAGUAGACAAGUCUAUCUCGUGGAGUUGCUUGGAACUUUCUUAUCCUUUCUAAUGCUUUGGUCUGAUAUGUGUAUCUGUAUAUCCUAUUCUCUCUGUUGUUGAUUGAAAUUAAUUCAAACCCUUGUCAUGUCCACAACUCGGAAUUACUGCUGCAAUGAGUAAUUGCAAUUUAGAAUUA